GCGUCGGAAGAGGAAAAUUCUGAAGAUUUAUGAUCAAGUCUUUGGCAUUCAUGCGAAAUUUUCAUCCACCAGAAUAUUUCCCAGUAACAGAGUCAUGAAAGAAAAUGUGCCAAAAUUCUGAGCGAUUUUGUCGUGAUUUUGGAGCUAACGUAAUUAUUUCGAGAAGACGCGAUCAUCACAAACCCGCCGCUGCGGUCGUCGAUCUCGAUGGAACGUUUGAAAGUGCUUCUGUUUGCGUGGCAUUCAUUGACUUUCAACGCACAGAUUUCUCGAGCAGUUGUAGUUGACACCAUAUUUGAACCAGUAUUCUGCCUCUUUGAUUUUUUUGUUCGGAUUUUAGGGCCGGCAUUCCUUUUAGUCGUGAUUGGUCUUACUACGUCUGUGGUGGUGAUCUAUUAUGCAUAUUUGUUGCCUGUUAUCCAAGAGUACAGCACACCUUGGGUUGUCUUUCAUUUAAUAACAGCUCAUUGGCUUUUGAUCAACAUUGUUUUUCAUUAUUUUAAAGUUGUCUUCACAUCACCUGGUCUAGCCCCUCAGGAAACUAAUUUAGAAGAUCUGAAAAGUGGGAAAUACAGCCUUUGUAAAAAAUGUGUUCGAAUUAAACCACCAAGAUCACACCACUGCUCAAUUUGCAAAAGGUGUGUUUUGAAAAUGGAUCACCAUUGCCCAUGGAUUAAUAACUGUGUGGGCCAUUUCAAUCACAGAUAUUUCAUAUCUUUCUGCUUCUUUAUGUGUCUUGGAACAAUUUAUGUCACUGUUACUUCCAGCAAUCUUUUCAUCAAACACUUUUUCCAUGACUGGAAUUACAAGCUCAUUCCAAGCUCUAAUGUAUCCAAUGGGCGAAAUGUCACAUCAUUGUCAUCAAAACCUAUUUUUGAUAAGUUACAUCAGAAAAAAUUUAACCAUGAAGCAGAUGGUGUUUCAGAGUCUGAGCACAGUAGUGUUCUGUAUGUUUUUAUACUUUGCUCUACUGUUACUUUGGCGCUUGGAGUAUUGACAGGAUGGCACUGUCAUCUUAUUGGCCGUGGGGAAACAUCCAUUGAAUGGCAUUCUAACAUAGAAGAAGCUAGAACUUUUAGGAAACAAGGCUUGGUUUUUAGGAAUCCUUAUAACUUUGGCACUUGGAAUAACUGGAGAAUUCUUCUUGGACUUGUUGAAGGAAGAUCAUGGCUGAGGGUUCUUCUACCUUCAGUGCAUCCCCCUUAUGGUGAUGGACUGACAUGGCCUCCUCCGCCUGAGAGUGGUACAAGGAGUAAUGUCAGGAAAUUACACAUUGUGUGAAGAUGAAGUGCAAAUCCAUGUUCCCUUACUUUAGAUAUUCUGCCCAAAGAUAUGCAGUUGCAUUAUGUACAGUACCUCCAGUAGCUAUUUUGUAAUUAAGGUCAGCGAGUAUCUAGUGAAUUACAAAUUCACACAUCACUGAAAGUAAUUCAGGAGUAACUUAUUGUCCUACAAGAGACAAUUAAAAAUAACAGGUAUAAUUCUGCUUUAGGUGUUUUUUAGGUGGUUUUUUUAAAAAUUAAUUUACAAUUUAUACAGGGCUUAUUGCAAGUCUCUAAGUGCUUUACAAUAUAAAAGAAAGAGAAGCAAAUAUUUCAAAUAAACAUAAACUGCUUGAAAAUCGUAACUGGCAUGAGGCAGACCAGCUGGCUAUUUAUUUGAACUUGUGGGGACUGAGAACAAAUGUAGUGAGUAGCAGGGAGGAGGACUUGAACUCGGGACCACUGGACUACAAGUCCAGUGCCCUAACCAACCACUCUGCCUUCUUGUUAGAGACCUCAGCAAAUUAACAAAUAGACUCCAUGUUGCUGUUCAUCUGUUCAGUAAUAGAUCACAAAUGAUGUCAAAAUGUAGUAAAAAAGCAAAAUGUUGUUAGUGGUGACAUCAUCUGUGCAUCUGUCCUCCAUUAGAUCAUAAACAGGAACCAAUGAAAAUGCAGGAAUAAUUCAGCUUUUUAUAUAUUUAAUGGACUAUUUUUCACAGGCAAAUCACCUCUUAUUUAUAAAUAAAUUUAUCAUUUGGUCUUUUUUAAGUUGUGGCUACCAUUUCAUUUUUGUUUUAGUUUCAUUUCCUGUUUUACAUUACGUUUUAUGUCAUGUGACAAUCUCUAGGGGGGAUUGCACAUGCUUUGAC